AUGGAGCGCCACGAACGCAUGCACACCGGGGUGAGGCCCUUCACUUGCGACGUCUGCGGCAAAGGGUUCACUCGCAACGGUCUUCUUGUAAACCACGUGCGGCGACACACGGGAGAGAGGCCGUACACUUGCAGCUUGUGCCCAGCGGCGUACGUCAGCAAGUACGGACUGACGGUGCACGUGGCGAGUCACAAGCGCAAGGUGCCGUACGAGUGUCUCCUGUGCGGCAUGAAAUUCGCCGCGAAGGAGAAGUUUCGGGGACACGUGCGCAACCACUCGCUCGAGAGGCCGUACGCCUGCCACCUGUGCCCCGCCAAUUUCAUCCAGAAGCAUCACCUGCGAAGUCACAUGAUCACGCACUCCGCCGAAAAGCCGCACCAGUGCAACGUGUGUCAGAAAGCGUUCGCGCGGCGCCCUUCACUCGUGAAGCACGUGCGCGUUAUUCACGGUGCUGAGAAACCUUGA